CUUUAUCUCUAAUCCUAAAGCAGUAUACAAAUCAAAGUUCAGGUUGAGGACUUUUCAGGGUAUGUUUGGUGACCCAGGAGUUUGCUUGAAACUGAAGAGUCCAGUUAUGAAUACUGUGGGCCUUGUUUUCCCUGAUACUUGUUUUGAGGACAUAAAAAGAGUAACGAAUGUUCCUCUUGGACAUCUUUAGGCUGUUCCGCGCGCCAGAUGUUUCCUUGUGCUAAGAUAGCAGCUGCCUCACCAAGACGGUAAGAUAUAUAUAGCCACAGUUUCAGAACGGGGAUCAGAGUCCAGUUAGUAUUGCUCUUUUGUUUCUAACACGAUUAGUAAGCAGUCUUGGUUGUACUUGCUGUGCAUGCCCUUGACUUCCUAAAACCAGCCGCGUCCCACGUUGCCCCCACAGGUGUGUAGCAAAAACUUGAGAAAUCCCCAAGGGGGCGAUGAAGCACUGUGGUGUGUCAGGUCUGACCAGUCAAGCGAUCCUGCAUUGUCUGCCCUGUGGCAUCCCUAGACCUGUGGGCGUCCACAGAAGGAAGUUAGAAACUUCUGAGCCAUCGAGCCUCAGACCCACGUGUGCCCUGCCAUCGGUGAGGGCACUUGUCCAUCCUGGUGGCCUGCCAUCACAAGGGUGCGUCGAGGAGAGGAUGCAGGGCAUGAAAACAAGGAUUGCCUGUUGGUUCCUGAUGGUUUUUACCAUACUGACGCAGUUUAUGAGGGCAUCCAAAGUUGAGAAGACUCGUGCUUUAUCACCGUGCUGUAGCCCAGAAUCCCUCAUUUCUAGCGUUGGUCUGGGGAUCUUCUGCCUAGUAGCUGACAGACUUCUUCGGUUUCCCAUAAUUCAGCAAAAUGACUGGCUCCGUGCUCUCUCAGAUAACUUAGUACACGGAGUGAUUGGCAUGUGGUCGUGGGCUGUCGUCAUCGGAAUCAGGAAGAAGUCUGACUUUGGAGAAGUUCUUUUAGCUGGGUUUUUAGCAUCUGUUAUUGAUAUCGACCAUUUUUUUCAAGCUAGAUCCCUGUCUUUACAGGCCGCCUUGACUCUGCCGAGAAGACCUUUCCUUCACUGUUCCACUGUGAUACCCAUCGCGGUUCUGAGUGUGAAGCUCGCCACGCACUUGUUCAGGCUCAGGGACUCAUGGCACUUUCUCCCGUGGGUGAUAUUCAUUUCCUGGACCUCACACCAUAUCCGCGAUGGAAUCCGCCACGGCCUGUGGAUAUGCCCAUUUGGAAAGACUCCUCCUUUGCCCUUCUGGUUUUAUGUAAUAAGCACAUUGUCCCUGCCCCACGUGUGUUCAUUCCUGAUGUAUGUAACAGGGACCAGACAAACGAUGUCUCCAAAACACGGAAUGCGCAUUGAUAUCUGAGAUGACCACGCAUAUGGCUCUCAGGAAGGAACUAACGCAGGUGAUGGUAAAUGAAAACAGCCACUAUUCAAGUGAGAUUAUAAAACACAGGCACUUUAUUUAGUUUUUACAGUUCGUGUGCCCCCUUGUCCGGGAGCAUGCUCAGUACUUACGCUCCCUUCUUACUUGGGUAUCUAGUGCAAUAUUGGAUUUGCCCUCAUUUCAUGCGGGGUCCAGUGUUGCUGCUGCUUUAUCUGACAUUACUGAUUUUGUCUUGUUAAUAUCUAAUGCAUGGUCUAGACAUCUCUCUUGAAAAUCAGUCCAUCUCCUGAUCAAAAAGCUCAAAGUUCUGGCUCACUAAUUCAUUUGGAUUCAUAUUUUCCUCAAACACUGAGACAGUGAAGAGGGCAAAAUAAAUAAUAUCACGAUUAGAAGUCGAGGACUAACAACUAUUUCAUAUAUGCUGGUCCCUACUGAAGUAAUGACAUCAAAAUGUUUUAUGGAUAGUAAUUAUUGGCGAUAUCUAAAAUAAUGGCAUUAAAUCUAAGUAACGAUUUCAGAAAUCAAUUCAGGAAGUGAUCAUUAUCACAUUAUCUAUAAUUGCAUUCACUGAAAUUCAUGGGGAUGGUUAAUGUCUUUGCCCAAGAAUCGCAUACUUUUCACUGAUUUGGAAAAGAUAACUGGUUGUUGAAAAAUAUUUGUUGACAAAGAGUAUCAACAAAACAAUAACUGGAUCAUCACUGAACUUAAAACACAAAGCCAGUUCUGAGCAAUGGUGUCGCUUCAGGGCAGUGCUGCCCCACUAAAGCUGUGAGAGGGCGGAGACGGUUACAUACUAGAUGGGCACAUACUAAAAGAUGUGCGAAACUAUUUUUUUAAAUCAUCUCUGUACUGAGAACUAAAAAACUUUUCAAAAUAAAGUCGUUUUGGAAACUUU